AUGAAUCAACCAUCUAAGGUUCGAAAAUUAACAUGUCAACCAUUUAAGGUUUCAAAAUAAACAUAAAUCAACCAUCUAAGGUUCCAAAAGGACAUAAGUCAACCAUUUAAGGUUCGAAAAUUAACAUGUCAACCGUUUAAAGUUCAUAUACAGGGUUAUCCAAAUUAAGUGUCCACCAUUAGUAACUUUGUUAUUAGUGAAAAUACAAAUAAAAUAACAUUUUUUUUAAAUGGAAACCCCUGUAUAUUAUAUUUUUUUCUGUUAAAGCAUCAAAUUUUAAACAAAAAAGUUCAUAAUGACU